UAAACCAGAAGGAGACGCUGCCCUCGCAAUAAAACCCUGCAGAAGACAAGUGCCCUCGAGAUCACUGUGUAUCCAGCCACCUGUUCGCGGAGCAGGAAAGUCUUGGAGGCACCGAAAUGCCGGCACAAGAAAAUGUCACUGGCAACUAUUUUGUGGCCCGUUCAGUUUAUUCGGAAAAUAGUUUUUUAGAGGAAAAUGAAAGAAAGGAAAAAGUCCCUAAAACGAUACGUGACCGGCUGGUCAAGGGAUGCAGUUGCUCAGCUAAAAGGGUUCUGGGUAUUAUUAAAGCUGUGCUUCCUAUACUGGAUUGGUUGCCCAAGUACAAACUGAAGCAAUAUCUACCUGGAGACAUUAUUUCUGGACUGAGCACUGGCCUGGUUGCAACAUUGCAAGGUCUGGCUUUUGCUCUACUGGCAGAAGUCCCUGUUGGCUAUGGUUUGUACUCUGCUUUCUUCCCCAUUUUACCAUAUUUCUUCUUGGGGACCUCAAAACACUUAGCUGUGGGUCCAUUCCCAAUUACCAGCUUGAUGAUAGGGUCUUUGAUUCUGCAGUUGGCUCCUGAUGAGAAGUUCAUGAUGUCAAGCAAUAUGACCGAAUUCAGUAAUGACACAAAAGUGGAUAUUGCUGCCAGGGAUGCCCAGAGGGUUGUCAUUGCUUCCACUGUCACUGUUCUUGCUGGCAUCAUACAGCUUGUGCUUGGGGUUCUGCAAGUUGGUUUCAUUGUUCGUUACCUCUCCGUGCCCUUGGUGGGAGGAUUUACAACUGCUGCUGCCUUCCAUGUCUUUGUCUCCCAGUUGAAAAUAGUUUUAAGUGUGCCGACACAGAGUUACAUGGGAGUCCUCUCUGUCAUAUAUACUCUUAUUGAUAUAUUUCGCAAUAUUCGACAAACUAACAUUGCAGAUUUCAUUGCUGGUUUGAUCACCUUUGUCUUGUGUGUAAUUGUGAAAGAAAUCAACACUCGCUUCAAAGAUAAAAUAAAAGUGCCUAUUCCAAUUGAAGUAAUUGUGACUAUCGUAGCUACCGGAAUAUCAUAUGGUGCUAAUUUGGAAGAAAAAUAUAACGCUGGUAUUAUCAAAAAAAUUCCAACGGGAUUUUUAUCACCGACACCACCAGAUGUGAACUUGUUUAGUCAAAUGGGAACAUCAGCAUUUUCUAUUGCCAUAGUGGGAUAUGCUGUGGCUGUUUCUGUUGCUAAAGUAUUCGGUACCAAGCAUGGUUAUCCAAUUGAUGGAAACCAGGAAUUCAUAGCGCUAGGAAUUUCCAAUAUUUUUGCCGGCUGCUUCUCAAGCUUUUUAGCAGGCACUGCUCUGUCCCGUACAGCUAUACAGGAAAGCACAGGAGGAAAAACUCAGAUUGCUGGACUUUUAACUGCGGUAAUUGUGAUGAUUGCCAUCCUGAUAGUUGGAAAGCUACUUGAACCUCUGCAGAAGUCUGUACUGGCAGCAAUUGUCAUUGCCAAUUUGAAGGGAAUGUUCUGGCAAUUUUUUGAUGUUCCAGUUUUAUGGAGGCAAAACAGAGUUGAUUGUCUUAUAUGGGUUGUGACUUGGAUUGCAUCUAUCCUUUUGGGAUUGGAUUUGGGGCUUUUAGUUGGUGUAUGCUUUGAACUUCUUACUGUUGUCCUUAGGGCCCAGUUCCCAGCUUCCACAGUUCUAGCGAAUGUACCAAACACAGACAUUUACAAGAAUCUGAAGAGAUAUAAAAAUCUUGUUGAACCAAGUGGUGUGAAGAUCUUCAAAUUUUCUUCUCCCUUGUUUUUUGGAAGUGUUGAUUAUUUUAAGGAGAGACUCAAUAAAAUUGUUGGAUUUAAUCCAGUUCGAGUGUUUAAUAAGCGAACAAAGGCUUUGAAGAAGAUUCAGAAACUUGUAAAGAAGGGUCAAUUAAGAGCAACAAAGGACGGGGUUGUAACUGAUGGAAGUGUUGCCAAUGAAGCUUUUGAAGACGAUGAGAAUGCUGCAGAAGAGCCAGAACCAGACGUUCCAAUGAAGGAAAUGGAAAUCCAAGUUGACUGGAACGCUGAACUCCCAAUCAAAGUCAUGGUUCCCAAAGUUACCAUUCAUAGCCUUAUUUUUGAUUUCAGUUCUGUGUCAUUUAUUGACAUUGUGGGAGUCCGAAUCUUUAAAAUGUUGGUAAAGCAAUUUGAACGAAUAGGCGUUAAAGUUUAUGUGGCAGCAUAUGAAGAUGACAUUGUGAAGAAGUUGGAAAAGUGUGGCUUUUUUGAUGAAAGUGUGAAAAAGGACAUGUUUUACCUCACCGUUCAUGACGCUGUUGUUCACAUACACACUCAGACUAUGUACAAAGAUAUACAAGAUCCUAUAUAUGAUAAGAUAUCACUCAUACAAGAAUCGAAAGAACCUUUGGAAGAAAUCGAGGAUGAUGUGGAAGAACUAGAAGAUCAGAAUCAGGGCCACACUGGAUUCAGCUAUUGAAGCUCUUUGAUCCAAAUGAUCUUGGAUACAGAGAAUUCCCAAGGCACAUGCACUUGUCAGUUCUUAUGGAUUCAUUGGAGCUUUCUAUACUAGGCCGCUGUUUUGUUGUUAAUAUGGAUAGGCCAUGAAUGAUCUUUGAUAUAAAUCUAAGAGAUUUGUAAUCUAUUUUUAUAUGUAUAAAACACCUACAGAAAUCUUUGCUUGAAAUUCUUGCAAUUGUGACUAUUGGUUGGUUUGACCUGGGAAUCAUUGUUAUAUGGUAUAUUAGGCGCUAUCUUUUUCUGCAACUAGGGACAUGAUACUAUCAAUAAAUUGGAGUAAUGCUAUUGCAGCCCAGCCUGAAGUACUCUGUAGUCAUGUCCUAUGGACUGUUUAGAUCUGAAACGGACUGUUCACAUGUCGCUGGGAGUUUGCACUGUUCAUUUUCUGUCUACAGUAGAUUCAUAAUUUUGCAGAAUUAAUCUUAAUUGGAUUGAAAUUACAUUUAAUCAACCAUAGCUCGCCGGGACAGGAAUUGUUGCACAUCAAAAACUGAAGUUUUGUGCCAUUUUAUUAUAUAAACUUUUAAAGUGUGUGAUAUUUAGAAAUAUAGGAGAACUUCAAACCCAAUUACUUCCUACAAAACAAACUUAAUGGGUUAAUGCAUUCUAUUCUAAGUUUAUUCCAAAUACAAUAUAAUUAGUGCAUAAUAUAUUCUGAACUUUGAAUAUUACAUGAAAAAAUGUCUAAUCUUAAUGCUAUGAAUUAUUUUAUUCUUGGAAUUGUUUUUAAAAAAAUGUUUAGCUACCUUCAGGGUUAACGUGAUUUUUCACAUUAUUGAUACCAAAGUGUCCUUAGUCACACUGAGGAAUAAAGUGUAUGGAGAUCAAGAAGAAAGUUGUACUUAAUUUGGAAUUUUGCUUUAGAUGUAACCCAUGAGUAGUAAUUUUUGAGGAUGAUUGUGAUCGGUCUUUUUUUUCCCUUGUGGGAGAACUGCACUAUAUUUACUAUUUUAUUUUAAAUUUAACCACUGAACAGAAUAGUAGGUAUCUCAAAAAUUCAGGGUCAAUCAUACCAUUUAAACAGUCUACUCUUGCUUUCGGUGAAAACAAUUCAAUAGGCCAUAUAAUUUGAAAUGAUGGAUAUGGGAUGUGAAUGGGGGCAGAUUAUUUGUCCAUGCUGUGAUUGUUAUUAAAGAUAAAAGUACAAUAUUAACAAAUCUCAAAUUAAACAAAAGACAGGGGAGUUUUAUUUUCAAUUACAAAAGUUCAACUUUAGUGAAAACAAUUAAUUUUUUGUAACAUCAAAGUGGUAUACUGUAGAAAGCCACUCUAUACCACUGUGCAUGGAUUACAGACUAUGUGGGUGUUGAUUUUAAAAUUGGCUUUAAAUUCAUUUUAAUACAUUCCACUGGAAAUGUUGGAGUAUUAUUCCCUCAGAAAUGUCCUCAUUGAUAGGUGGAGAUUCUAAUGGAAUUAUUGGGCUUAACAGCUAAAAUCUUUUGUUUCCCCCUUUUUAAAUUAAGAAUUUGAAGAUAUUGUUGUGGUAACUUUACUAUUCUGUAGUUGAAGUAAGGAGAAAAGCUGAUCUAUUUUAGGAGUUUAAAGUUUGCAACCAAAUAACCAGCUUUUUGGAUUCAGGAUUGAAAUUAAGAAUUUUAUUGAAUAAAUUUUCAAGCAAGUUAAUUUUUUUUCAAUUUUAACAUGGGGGGGGAUGGUGUUCUUGAGUGUUAUUAUGACAUCACUUAAGGUCCACCUUAGUUUUCAUCAAAUUUUCUGUCUACUUUAUUAAUUAAAGUAUCAAUCUGUUUAAAAUCAAUUGAUCAAUACCUGUCUUACAAUUGUGGGCAUAGGAAUAUCAUUGUAUUCUUUGAACAAUAGUAUGUAUUAUGGCUUCUUCAUCGAUGGGCUCUGCAAAUCCAGCUUUUGAUUAGUUUUGCACUGCUCAGUUCACUGUUUUGCAACUUUUGUUCAUUUAUGUAAAUUGGUGACAGAUCAUGACGCGAAAUUUGUCCUUUGAUAAACUACCUAAAUUUCAGUUACACUAAUUUGUAACUGCAGACUUUGUAAAAUAAUAUGCAAUUAAGCUGUGUAGUAAAAUUAUAGUCAUUUCAGAAUCUUGUAAGUAUGGAAUUAAGUAAUAAAAAAAAAAGCAACUUUGGAAUUGCGUGCGAAAAUUGGGGAGAAAAAGAGGGAUAGACUAACUCUAUUGGACAUGAUCUGUUUAAGAAUAAUUGUUAUGAUACUUUGGAAACAAUACACUAUACAAAAAUGCAUUUUAAUGUUCAAUAUUUUAUACAAGUAAGCAUUUGUUUCAAUAUUUUUAAAUAUGUGGAAUGAAUGGGGUGUUUCUUGUGUUUCAAAAUAUUUAGUUUUGCUUUGAGGUUGCCUCAUGCUACAAGUCUGAUCUGUUUGCUAGUGGAGUCCUAUGGUACACAUUCUUGCUUGUCAUGAAAUGCUCUCUGAUAUGAAACCAAAUAUUGUUUGCCAUUUAAUACCUAUAUUUUUGUGCACUGACAUUCUUUAUAAUUAUGGAUGAGUGGAUCCCUGAUCAUUUUUUGUUAAUUUAAUGUAAUGAUAAAUUGAUUGGAUCAGUCUAAUAAAGAUAUCAGUUAAGGAAUGAUUGAAAUCAGGCAUUGUAUAUGGAACGUGCAACCACUCACCCAUUCUACUCAUUAUAGUUCACUAAGCCUCUUUCUACUUUUCUUUAUCCGACUCGUAUAACCCUCUUUCUUCCUUCGCUUUUGUGCUAAAUUAAUUUACUGACCUAUUUGCUUCAUUUGCUGAUUGCACUCAGUUUUUAACAAAAAUUCUAAAUUCACCAAUUAAGUUGGAUGGUCUUCUAGUCCUCUCCACAAAUAAAUACACACUAUCUAUCAAAGCCUUUAUUUGUUAUGAUUUCUUGGGUCAACCCGUUCAAGAAACAAGCAAGCCUCUUUGUUCAGUCCUUCAUGAUGGGAAUAACUGUUUCUGGUGCAAACCCUGCAGUUUCUUUUCAUUGUUUGUAUAUCAUUUAAUAUUCUUCUCCAGCCCUUUACCUUUCUCACCCACCUGGCUUGACCUAUCCUCCUCCUCCUAUCCCCAUCUUUUCAUUCUGGCAUCUUCUUUCAUUUCCAGCCCCAAAGAAAGGUCUCUGCCCGAAACAUUGACAGCUUAUUCAUUUCCAUAGAUGCUGCCUGACCUGAGCUCCUCCAGCAUUUUGUGUGCAUUAAUCUGGAUUUCCAGCAUCUGCAGAAUCUCUUGUGUUUAUUAUUUCAAGUAUGGUAAUCGAACUCUAAGAGUUUACUGUAACUUCUAAAUUGCAAUUC